AAAGGUAAGAAGAAAGCUGACAGCUCUGAGGGCACAACUCUCUUGAGGAAUGACAAUAAGGACUUGAAGAGUGUAGAAACAGUUUCUGGAGAGUAUAAGUUGCCUCUUGUGUGGAUUGAUUUGGAAAUGACUGGUCUAAAUGUGGAAGUUGAUAGAAUAUUGGAGAUUGCUUGUAUAAUCACAAAUGGCAGUUUGACUAAAUCAAUUGAGGGUCCUGAUUUAGUUGUCCAUCAGAGCAAGGAGUGUCUGGACAGAAUGGGAGAAUGGUGUCGGACUCAUCAUGCUGCAAGUGGAUUGACAGAGAAGGUACUGCAAAGUACAGUCAGUGAAUGUCAAGCAGAAAAGCAGGUUAUUGAAUUCGUAAAGAGACAUGUAGGCACAUAUACCCCUCUUCUAGCAGGAAACUCAGUUUAUAUGGAUUUUAUUUUUCUAAAGAAGUAUAUGCCUGAUUUGGCCAGCAUGUUCUAUCAUGUACUUGUUGACGUUAGCAGUAUCAAAGCUUUAUGCAUCCGUUGGUACCCAAGAGAAAACAAGAAGGCUCCUUCAAAGGAAAACAAGCACAGAGCGAUGGAUGACAUCAAGGAAAGUAUAGCAGAACUUAAAUACUAUAAAGAGAAUAUAUUCAAAUCCAAGAAUAAG